AUGCCAGGUGCCCUGAGUAGUACAGUGGCACAAAUGAAGUCGGAGGCUUCGAUGGCAGAAGAGACAACUUCUGAGGACACUCCUCAUUCCAAUCCGAAUGUCCCGGACUCGGAAUCAGCCACCAGACUUGCGCCUUUGCACCCGAUUCGGAAAGAAGUUGAAACUACUACCACAUUUCAUCCCCUGAUUUCUGCCUUAACUCAGGGGUUUGUCCGUUAUCUUCGAGAACCACGGUUUCAGGCCCCACUUUCCUUGGAAGAGCUUAAAGUUCUUUUCAAUAGCUUUUACGAUGACCUUAAUGGACUUGCAAUCAAUGUGUAUACCCAGUCAAAUUCAAGCAAAAAGCGUCUUAUCGCCCAACUGGAUCAUUUCAAUGCCCAUCCUCAUCACUACGAUUACCUUUUAGCCAUCGCCAACUACUCACUGUCGUCCAUCAAGCUUUCAAAGCGAACCGAUAACGAAUCUCUCAUGCAACUCCGAGUGUUCAAUUACUAUAAAUACCUUACUGUGGCUAAGGCACUCGAAUGUGCUCACACCGAACUAUUUUCUGCAUCCACCCUGCCGGAUGGCCUGCUGUUACAUGAGAAGCUUCAAAGGUUUGAUCACCACGAUAUAGUGUUCCAGGAAUUUCUUGACGACAAGUUAGAAGCCAUGAAGAAUAUUCCAUUCGAAGCAUUUUCAGAAGGUGAUCCUUAUCCACUCGUGGAUAAACAGGAAGAAAUACAAAUGCUCCUGCGACUACUUGCACUGGUCAAAGAAAAGGUGACUCCACGUGAAAAGUUGAAUGUGGUGGUGCACUUGCAACAGCGUCUCAUCACACUUCUUUCCGAAUGUUCAGCAGGGAAGACAAGUAAAGAUGUCUCUGCUGAUCAUUUGCUUCCCAUACUCAUCCAUUUUCUUGUAUGUCAUGGAUCGGGCUGUGAUCUCUACCUCACAUUCAUGUUCAUAAAAAACUUUCUCAAUCUUUUGGACCCUACUGGCAUUGAUCCUCAACAUUUCACUACUCACUCUUCAUUCUCCAACUAUGCACCCGAGACCCGUCUGGUGAUCCACAAGAAGCGAGCUCGCAAGCUGCUCUUUGAGUGUUUGAACCUCAACCUCGAUGACACAGAACAUCCAGUCAAAGACUUUGAUUUUUUUGACUCCGACAAAGAAACUUGCAGCACACCUUCAAGCAGAGUACCUUAA